UGUCCGCCUGCCCUUUCACAAACUAGAACUACCCUCACCGGUCCCCCAGCUUUUUCUCAUUUAGUAUUCAAGUUUCAACUCCUCUCUCUCUCUCUCUCUCUCUCUCUCUCUCUCUCCGUCUCUCGUUUAUUCCUUCGCUUAUGUCCUCAGUAGGCCCGCCGGAGUCUGUCAGCGGCGUCGGCGUCGGAUACGGCAUCGCUAUAGCUGUUGGAAUCCUCGUCUUAAUUUCCACCAUCAUGCUAGCUUCCUACGUUUGUGUUAGAGUCAAGGCCGGCAACUUGAGUGGUGACGGUGGUAGUGGUAAUCGUAACAGCGAUAGUAGCGGUGCUGGUGGCGGUGGAGCAACAAACCACCACCACCACCACAUGGCAACCGGGCACUCGCCGGUGUUGGUGGUGGGACUCGACAAACCCAUAAUUGAUUCCUACCCGAAGCUAAUACUAGGCGAGAGCCGGAGACUGCCCAAGCCCAACGACGGCUCAUGCGCUAUAUGUCUAUCGGAGUACAGGCCCAAGGAAACAAUACGGUGCAUUCCGGAUUGCCAACACUGCUUUCAUGCCGGCUGCGUCGACGAGUGGCUCCAGAUGAGUGCAACAUGUCCCCUCUGCCGUAGUUCCCCGGUACCCUCCGCCGGCUCUACGCCGGCGGCAACUCCUCUGUCAGAAUUGGUCCCUCUGGCCUUCUACUCCAGGUGACCUUAUCUUUUUGUUUAUUAUUAUUUUGUUCUAAAAUUUCACUGUAAUUUUGUAAUUUAUGGUUCAUGUUCUUGUAUGCUGUAAACUUAAUAAGCUUUUAUAUCUGUUUUUUUA